AUGUCGCUAUCAUCGAAUGCUGUGUCCACCUGGGUGGGACAUGCGGAUAUCUCGAUAUCCAAGCAGGGCGCCGUCUGGUACGGUGAUGUUGCCCUGUAUUGGGCUGUCACCAGCAUCUUCACCCUCUCAGCCAUCGCCUUUCUGGUCGGCAGCUUCGUCGUCCGCAGUCCAAAUGUUCGAUUCCACUACCAUCUGUCCGCCCUGUCGAGCUGCAUCCUGUCCGUGGCCUAUUUCGCCGUCGGCGUCGACUCUGGCUAUGAGAAUCCUACUCGACACGUCUUUUGGAUCCGCUAUGCUGGCUGUUGUUCAACAAGGCUGCUUGCAACACCGAUUCUCAUGACGCAGACGCUCCUGUUGAUCAACGCCCCUCUGAAACUGAUCCUUCGCGAAAUCUUCAUGGCCAGCAUCGUGAUGAUGACUGGCUUGGGCGGAGCGCUCGUUCCCAACACAUACAAAUGGGCCUAUUUUGUUUACGGCUUUUUUGCAUGCACCGCCCUCGGCUGGACGAUGCUAAAGGCUGGAUACAGCCACGUACGUUCAUACAUGCCGUCUCUCAAGAAGGCGUAUCUUGCCUUCGGCGCUUUUUUGUCCGCAGUCUGGCUGAUGCAUGGGGCCUGCUGGGGCUUGGGCGAAGCUGGGAAUUACAUAUCGCCCGCGAGUGAAGCCGUCUUUUACGGAAUCCUCGACAUCUGCGGAGGCCCUCUUUGCUGUGUCUUUCUUAUGUGGGCAGCUCAUCGGUUUUGUCGGGUGGAAAAGCGAGAGCUGUCGAGGAUGCUUGGGCGUGAGCCCUGUGGAACAGUUGAUGGGAAGUAUCUUUAUGUCAUGGCUAUAAACAGAGACUUCAAGAGACUCAAGAGACUUGAAGAGACUUCCUAG